AUGGCUUCUUCUUUUCCUCUUUAUCAAUUAACGCCUUGUUUCUUCUCAAAAACCCAGUUCCAAGGUUUGCACCAUAGCUAUUUGUGGCGACCUAUGUUUGGCUCUUGUGCUCAAAACAAACUGCGACCUGUUAAACCUUCGGUUCAUGCUGCCCCGUUUCCCUUGCUUCAGCCUCUCACAGCUGAAGAUUCAUCUUCUGAGUUGGAGCCUGUGGAUCCUGAUUUCUACAAGAUAGGAUUUGUCCGAAGCAUGCGAGCUUAUGGAGUUGAUUUUAAGCAAGGGCCAAAUGGUUUUGGUGUGUAUGCUUCUAAAGAUGUUGAACCUCUUCGCCGAUCAAGGGUUAUAAUGGAAAUUCCUCUUGAAUUGAUGCUAACAAUAAGCAAGAAGCUCCCAUGGAUGUUUUUCCCUGAUAUAAUUCCUCUUGGUCAUCCAAUAUUUGAUAUUAUCAACUCGACACAUCCAGAGACAGAUUGGGAUUUAAGAUUAGCCUGCCUUCUCUUGUUUUCAUUCGACUGCAAAGACAACUUUUGGCAGUAUUACGGUGAUUUCUUACCAAGUGCAGAUGAAAGUACUAGCUUACUUCUAGCUACAGAGGAGGAACUUUUGGAGCUGCAGGAUCCCGAUCUUGCUUCUACAAUUAGAAUUGAGCAACAACGAGUUUUAAAUUUCUGGGAGAAGCACUGGCAUAUUGGUGCGCCCCUAAAAGUGAAACGUCUUGCUCGUGAUCCUAAAAGGUUCAUUUGGGCAGUGGGAAUGGCACAGUCAAGAUGUAUCAACAUGCAAAUGAGAAUGUGUGCACUAACUCAGGAUGCAAAUAUGCUGAUUCCUUAUGCCGAUAUGCUGAACCAUUCAUUUGAGCCAAAUUGUUUUUUCCAUUGGCGGUUUAAGGACAGGAUGCUUGAGGUUCUUAUAAAUGCUGGACAACAGAUUCGAAAAGGAGACGAGAUGACAGUUGAUUACAUGAGUUCACAGAAGAAUGCCAUGUUAAUGCAAAGAUACGGAUUUUCCUCGCCAGUGAAUCCUUGGGAUGUGAUCAAAUUCUCGGGAAAUGCACAAAUCCAUUUGGAUUCCUUCUUGUCAGUUUUCAACAUAUCAGGCCUUCCUGAAGAGUAUUAUCGUAAUGAAGUUCUAUCGAAUGCCGGAGAUACUUUUGUUGAUGGAGCAGUCAUAGCCGCAGCGCGAACAUUGCCAACAUGGUCAGUUGGAGACGUGCCUCCAAUCCCAAGCGAAGAAAGGAAGGCUGCAAAGGCAAUACAACAAGAGUGCAAACGAAUACUUGCAGAAUUUGCUACCACCUCUAAGCAAGACCAGAAAUUGUUAGAUGCUUCACCGGAAGCUACGAGAACGCUUGAAGCUGCAAUAAAGUAUAGAUUGCACAGGAAAUUGUUAUUGGAAAAAGUUAUGCUUGCAUUGGAGAUCUAUCAUGAGCAAUUACUCUUCUGA